AUGGGACAGAUACUGACGAUCAUCAACAGCGAUUUAAUCACCCGAUUAUACACUGAUCACGUAAAACGAGCAGCUUCAAGUCGUUUACAAACACAAAGACGAAUGCCGGAAUUUGCAAGUGAUGGGUGCCAGUCGUUGGCUUCCGAUAUCCUCUCUGAAAGUCCACAGAUUCCUUCUUCAGAGGAUGACGUCUUUAGGAAGAUUUUUCACGUUGGGGAGCGUUGCAAUUUCCGAAGCUUUCGGCGAAGUGUGUCACACGACAUGUCAGUCAACUUCACACGUUCCUUCAACGAAGUGUACUAUACGCGUAACGCGUCAAGCUCCACCCACUUUCCGAUUGCUAUUGUUGGGAUUGGAUGCAGAAUGCCUGGAAACGUCAACGGUACGGAGGACUUCUGGGAUGUCCUGACAAACGGACGGAAUGUAAUCGGGGACAUUCCCCCUGACCGUUGGUCCAUGGACGCCUACCACAAUCCUGAUCCAUCUUCUCUGGGAACCCAUGUCAACAAAAAAUCUGGGUUCAUCGACGGAAUAGACCAGUUUGACAACGGAUUCUUCAAAAUAUCUCCCAAGGAGGCAGCCAUGAUGGAUCCCCAACAGCGCCAUCUACUGGAGGUCACGCAAGAAGCAUUUGACGAUGCUGGUAUCCUGUCAGAGCUGCUGAAAGAGAACUGCGGUGUGUACGUCGGCAUUGGCAUGAUGGACUACCCACUGAUGCUGGGACCAGAGAGUCAGAACUUCAACGCCUAUGCCCACACAGGCGUGGCACACAGCGUGGCGGCCAACAGGUUGUCUUUUGCGUUUAAUCUGAAGGGUCCCAGCGUUGCCGUAGAUACCGCCUGCGCAGCAUCCAUGACAGCUCUUCAUUUCGGGUGCCAGGCGCUGUGGAACAAAGAGUGCAGCGUGUCUCUUGUUGCCGGUAGCAACGUCUUGCUGAUGCCAGAGGUGACUGCAGGAUUCAGUGCCCUGUCCGUGCUGUCGCCCGAAGGUCUGAGCUGUCCGUUUGAUAAGGAUGCCAAAGGGUACGUCAGGAGUGAAGGGUUCGGCGCCAUCAUCAUCAAGCCGCUAUCCCAAGCCUUGCAAGAUGGAGACAACAUUUACUGUACAAUAGUAGGGAGUGGAAUAGCUGCCAACGGGACGUCCCCGAGCAUCACCAUGCCUUCGUGUGAGGCGCAGGUCAGACUAAUGGAAUCUGUGUAUGGUCAGUUCAAUAUCGACCCACAAAAACUGAUCUAUGUGGAAGCUCACGGAACAGGCACUCCCGUUGGAGACCCUAUAGAAGCAGAAGCUAUUGGAACAGCUCUGGCCCAGGAGCGAAACUCACCCUUGAGAAUUGGUUCAGCUAAAAGCAACUUCGGUCACAUGGAGUGUUGUGCUGGAUUAGUCAGUAUUAUAAAAGCUGCCCUGAUGAUAAAGAAACACCAGCUGUGUCCGUCCAUCAACUAUUCAUCUCCGAUUGACAGCAGAUUUGACGAAUGGAACAUUGAAGUUCAACAAAAAGUUGAAGAUUUUCCACCAGGAAGAAAACAUUUGAUAGGUGUAAACAAUUAUGGGUUUGGCGGAGCACUUGCGCACGCUAUUAUUGGUGAUUAUUCCAUCACACAUCCACGAAAGAGUGGCCAGUCCGGAUGGAAAUUUGGACAGAGUGACACCAAGGGAAAAGAACUGUUGAUACCUCUCUCAGCCAAAACCGAAGAAGCUCUUAUUGACCUGGCCAAAGAAUGGAGUUUAUUUGAAAGUGAAAAAGAUGCAGAAGGAAUAGUUGGAUGGAUGGCAUCAAGACGAUCCCAUCAUGCGUAUCGCUUAGCUGUAACCGCAGAUUCAGGGCAGAGCUUUCAGGAAAAACUUCAGUCAUUUGUCAGCAAUCGCGAUGGUGUUUUACAAGGAGCAGUCAGACACAGCCAAACACCACCAAAAAUCUGCUUCCUAUUUCCAGGACAGGGACAACAGGACAAAGACAUGGGGAGACAGCUCUACGCUACGGAGCCUGUAUUUCGCGACACAAUCGACGAAUGUGACAGACUCUACACUAGGCUUGCAGGAGAGUCGAUUCUAAAGUUGUGUGGCCUUUUCGUUCAACAAGAACCAGACACAGAGUUCACAGGAACUGUUAACGAUAUAGAUGUUUCUCAACCAGCCAUACUCUUUAUGCAGCUUGGACUCAUUGACUUGUGGCGCCACUGGGGAGUACUUCCAGACGUCGUCAUUGGACACAGCUUUGGCGAGUUGGCUGCUGCAGUAGCUGCCGGGCUCCUUACUAAAAGAGAAGCCACUGAAAUUGUUUUCCACAGGUGUCAGCUGCAGAAACGUCUGAAAGGCAAGGGAACAAUGGCUGCAUUGCGGAUGGACAGAGAAAGUGCUGAAGAGCUGUUGAAGAAGUAUGAGGGUAUUGUUGUAUCCUGCAUCAACUCUCCUGCAUCAGUGACUGUUGCUGGAGAUGUGAGUUCGGUCAAGAAGCUCAUUGCAGACAACCCAACAGUGGCCAAACAGCUGCGUGUCCAGUGUGCCUUUCACACUAAUCAGAUGGACGAAAUCGAGACCAGGUUCAUGCGUGCAGUAGACGGUAAACAGGCCAAGCGGUCGUCAAAGAUACCCUUUUAUUCAUCAGUGACAGGGCUACAACAGAAAUCAUCCCUGGAUGCCAAAUACUGGUGGAAUAACGUACGACAUCCAGUGAACUUCUUGGGAGGACUGAGAUCACUCCUGGAGGAACAAGACGUUGAUGUUGUCAUUGAAUGUUCCUCAGCAGCAACUCUUCUGUCCUGCGUUCAGCAAACAGCGUCUGACAUGAACAAGAACAUUCCCACGCUGAUCAACAGCUGUCUGAGGGGAAAGUCCAAUCGAUCAACAAUUCUCAAAGCUUUAGGGAACUUGUACAUCAGCAACGUGGAUUUGAAGUGGAGCAGCAUUUACAACCACAAAGCAGAAUGGACACCACUGCCAAGGUAUCCAUGGCAACACAGAGCCUUCUGGUGUGAGGCAGAAUCGUCAAGGACGAAGCGUUUAGGUCUGAAAGACAGAUCUUUCAAAGGAAAUGAUGGUGUGAUUUCCACAAUGAUGUUUCCAUUCCUAAAAGAUCAUGUAAUUCAGGGCAAGAUUAUUUUUCCUGGGGCUGGGUACCUGGAAUUAGUGGCUGAAACGUGCUUGGAGGAUAACAGUAAAGUCCAUAUCAAAAACAUCAUGUUCAAACAAAUCUUGCCAUUGGGUGAUGCAUCAGAAGGACACAGCGCCAAGUCAGAGUCUGUUCAGCUGAACUGCGUAACUCGCGGAAGUAUGGUGUCAGUGCACGGACCACAUGCUGAACAUGCUUCGUGUUCCAUCGUCGAUGGGCCACAGAUGUCAAAACCAACUUGCAUCGACAAAAACUUCAUGGAUAUCACGAGCGUGAUGCAGGAAAAAACAAUGGAAGAAAUUUACCAGCAAUUUUCAGGCUUGGGUUUGCAAUACGGGCCAGCUUUCCAAGUGAUCAAAAAGGCUUGGUUGUCGGAAGGUCGAAGCAUCUGUGAGCUUAUUCCAGCAAAGCAGAAUCAUCAAAAACUACAGGUGACAACACUAGAUGGGUGUCUGCAGGCAGCCCUGCUUUCUUAUGGUUUUAGCAGUGGACUUUAUCUGCCAGUUGCUAUCAAGGAUCUCCAGCUCCACUGCAAAGAAACUCCCAUCAACACACCACUUUAUGUUGUCACAGAGCUGACCGACUUGACACCCUCUCUGUUGGAAGCUGACGUGAAACUGGUGAAAAAGACUGGCGAGAUCGUCAUGGAACUGAAAGGAUUUGAGGCACAAAACAUCUCAAUUCCGUCAAACGAUUUCUCACAGUGUCUUUACCUGAAAGCUCUUCAACCAAAGGAAGCAGUUCUCCCUGACACCAGCAAACUGUUUGACAGACUAUCAUGGCCAGAGAUGAAAGAAGAUUACCCUAAAGAUGCAGAAUCCGUUUUGCAGAUUGUUGCUCAUGCCGACUUAUUGUCGAAAAUGAGUUCCACUUUCGCAAGCAGAGCAAUUGAAAUGACACAAAAAAAUGAAGUGCAACCGGCUCUGGCUAAGUAUUAUGACUGCUUACAGGAUGUUGCAGGAAAUGAGACAAAACGAAUAGAGGAUCUUGAUGCAGCAUUUUCCCUUUUACGAGACCAGAUUCCCGAUUUUGAGGUUGAGUUGAGAAUGUUUCAACGCCUGGGAAAUCUGCUUCCACACUCACUGAAACAUCCGAAAUCUGCCCUUGAAGUUCUGUUUGCAUCUGAUGGACUAGCAGAAUAUUUCCUAGAAUCGCUGACCACGAGGCUCUUCUACAAGGUGGUUCGGGACAUGAUACUGGAGGCUGUGAACACAUCUCUGAAGGAAAAGAGCAUGGUCAGAAUCAUUGAAGUUGGUGGACGGAUGGGUGGUCUUUCCAAAGUUGUCUUGGAACCUCUGCAGAAGUUAAUGCAGGAUGGGCGUGUGGAGUACAUCUUUACAGACUUGACGAGGACAUUCUUUCUGCAUGCUAAGCAGACGCUGAAAGAUUACCCUGAUGUCAGGUAUCAAGAACUCGAUAUUGAGAAACCCAUCACUGAUCAAGGCUUCUCUGACGAAUCCUGCGAUAUAGUCAUCUGUCUAGACACGCUCCAUGCUGUUGUGGAUAUUCACAAUGGGUUGGCAAACAUGCGAGAUCUUCUGGCACCGAAAGGCUGGCUGCUGAUGCUAGAAGCCACUGAAACGUACAACAUGAGAGAAGUCAUAUUUGGAACGCUGGAGCUUUGUUGGAUUUUCAAAGACUUCAGAGAGAAGAAAUGCUGGCUGAGCCAAGGGGAAUGGAAAGACAUUUUCACAUCUAAUGGAUUUGACAACGUCAUUGCUGGACCUGAACCCGACUUCUUCCACUCCAUUAUUUUGGGUCAGAAAGGUGAACAACAGGCAGUGAAGAAGAGUUCUCCAUGUCAUGCUGUAGUGUUUUCCAGUGACAAGAUGAAGAGUGCUGAUAUCACUUCAGUCAUAGCCAAAGCUGCUGGUUCAGAACCACUUUCAUGUUACACAGUUACAGACUUGAUAAAACAUGUAGAGGCAACAAACCCAUGCCAGGUAUACUGUGUAUUCCACGAAGGAACAACUGAAAUGAGUACUGUUCUUGAUGUCCUGAAGGAGGUGGGUAACAAACAGAGUGAUAUUGAGAAGAUCUGGGUAAUUGUUGUCAAGGAUCAACUUCAGCUUGUCUACCCAAACAGUGAAAUGUUCACCGGUAUGUCCAGAGUGGCUAUAAAUGAAUUCAGAUCUACUCCAGUUUUUACUGUGUCACUGAAAACACCUCACGGUUUAUGUACAGAAGCUGCAGAAACUUUGGAGAAACUGUUAUGUGCAGACAACUUGACUGAUCGUGAGUACAGCAUCGAAAAUGGUAAACUGCAUGUACCACGAGUGACAAGAGUUGAUGUUUUGCCAUCAAAUACUGGAAACCCUGAAAAUUGGUAUCUUGCAGCAAAUGGAACAGGAUCUGUGGAUAGUCUUGUAUAUUGUGAGCAACAUCUUCAACAGCUGAAGCCAAAUGAGGUCAGAAUCCAGGUGAAGUCUGCUGCUUUUAACUUCAAGGAUGUCAUGUCAACAAUGGGUAUGCUGAAGGAUCUGUCAGAUGGAGAAGAGCUUGGGUUGGAAUGUUCAGGAUAUGUUGAAGACAUUGGAAGUCAGGUCACAAACUUCAGUGUUGGUGAUGAAGUCAUUGCUUUGGGAACAAGAUGUUUAGCAUCUCACGUUACUGCUCCAGAACAUUUUGUAUGUCACAAACCAAAAGGUGUGAGCUUUGAUGAAGGCUGCGGUGUUGGUAUUGUGUUCUCAACUGCAUAUGAAGCACUGAUUAAUAAAGGAAACCUGAAAGAAGGUGAGACUAUUCUGAUCCAUUCUGCUGCUGGUGGUGUUGGUCAAGCAGCCAUCCAGCUCGCAAACUUGAUUGGUGCCAAUAUCAUAUGUACUGCAGGCACAGAGGAUAAGAGAACAUUUCUGAAAGAACACUGUGGAAUUCGGCUCGUCACUGAUUCGCGAUCUUUGCAGUUCCAAGAAGAUGUGAUGAACUGGACAAACGGGAAAGGAGUUGACGUCAUUUUGAAUUCACUAAGUGGCGACAGAUUAAAAGCUGGAUUGAUGGUGUUAGGAGAUGGUGGCAGAUUUUGUGAGAUUGGGAAGCGAGACAUCCUCGAAGACAGCAGUCUUCAUUCUCGUGUGUUCCUCGAAAACAAGUCCUUCCUUUCCGUUCAGCUGGACCUGCUUAUGGUAUCCCAGCCACAGCGUGUGCAGCAGAUUCUACACAAAGUCCAGCAGAUGAUGAACGCAGGAGUAAUACAACCAAUCAAAACGACCUCGCAUGGAAUGGACGACGUCAAAACGGCAUUCAAGACCAUGAUGGGUGGAUCCCACAUUGGUAAAAUAGUUAUGGCCAUAGAUGAUGGAUACAUCCCUCCUUGUGUCAGUGCAUCAGCUGCUCGGUUUGACAGUGAUGCAGUUUACCUCGUUACUGGAGGUACUGGAGGAAUAGGCUUGAGCCUUCUCCGAUGGAUGGCAGAGAGAGGCGCAGAACAUAUUGGUGUUGUGACCAGGAAAGGAUUCCAAACCCUUGAGCAGAAGUUGACUCUGAACAGUCUACACGAUGACGGCGUCCACGUCCUUGACCUAAAGAUUGAUAUGACGUCACUCGAACAAGUGAAUAAUGCCAUUACAAAACUGGAAGAAAGCACCGGUCUUCCUCUGAAAGGGGUAUUCCAUCUCUCUGGAGUGGCUGAAGAUGAUUCCAUCUUAAAAUUGAGCCAGGAAAAGCUAAAAAGAGUCUUAGAUUCAAAGGCUAGAUCUGCGAUGAAUCUUCAUUUAGCAACCGAAAGCAAAAACAUUGACUAUUUCGUGAUGAUGUCAUCGAUUACAACUGUGUCUGGGAACAUCGAGCAGAGUGCCUACAUCAGCGCCAACGUCUUCCUCGAGUCACUGGCACAGCACCGCCACCUACAGGGGUUGCCUGGACUAGCCAUUCAGCUGGGGGCGGUAACUGGUGCAGGUAUCCUCAAGAGUAACAUGGUGGCUGGAGAGAUUUUGAAGGCUAGAGGACUGUUGCCGCUUCACGUUGACGAAGUAGUUUCCAACUUAGACCAACUCGUCCAACAGAAGGAACACCCGGUCAUAGCCUAUGCAAAUAUGAACUGGAAUACUCUACAGACACACGUGUACGAAGGAUGUCCACAGUUCACAAAUCUUCACAAGAUGUCAGACGGCUCUGGACAAGACUCUGACGUCAAAGUGAGCCGAGAAGACCUGGCGUUGAGGGUCAAAAAGAAGCUGUCCAGUCUUCUGGACAUGCCCGAGUCGGACGUGCACCUGUCCAGGCCGAUGGUCGAGUACGGCGUGGACUCCCUGAUGGCCGUCGAGAUGGUCAACUGGCUCAACAGAGAACUCGGCAUCACUGUGUCCCAGCUGGACAUUCUGGGCGGCGUCAGAACGGAUACUCUGCUGGACAAGGCUUGUGAAGGAUCGGUGGUCUUGUCCGCGUAACAUUAAACAUGUUGAGGACAUUGUAUAAUACUUAUCAUUUAAUUCGUAAAGAAAGAGAAUUGCGUAACAUGUCAAGGAAAGUGUACAAUACUUAUUUAAUUCGUAAAAAAGAGAAUCGCGUUCCAUUAUGAGAAAAUUGAACAAUACUUAUCAUUUAAUUAAUUCGUUAGAAAGAGAAUCGCCUAACAUUUCGAGGAAAUAAUUAUACAAAAUAAAUUAUUUAAUUUGUCAGAAAGAGAAUCGCUUAACAUUUUAAGGAAAUUAUAUGAUAUAAAUCAUUUAAUUUGUCAGAAAGAGAAUCGCUUAACAUUUCGAGGAAAUUCUACAAUAUAAAGCAUUGUAUUCAUUAAAAAGAGAAUCGCUUAACAUUUUAAGGAAAUUGUACAAUAUAAAACAUUGUAUUCGUUAAAAAGAGAAUCGCUUAACAUUUUGAGGAAAUUAUGUGAUAUAAAUCAUUUAAUUUCUUAGAAAGAGAAUCGCUUAACAUUUCGAGGAAAUUGUACAAUAUAAAACAUUGUAUUCGUUAAAAAAGAGAAUCGCUUAACAUUUUGAGGAAAUUAUGUGAUAUGAAUCAUUUAAUUUGUUAGAAAAAGAAUCGCUUAACAUUUCGAGGAAAUUGUACAAUAUAAAACAUUGUAUUCGUUAAAAAGAGAAUCGCUUGACAUUUUGAGGAAAUUGUACAACAUAAAUCAUUUAAUUUGUUAGAAAGAGAAUCGCGUAACAUUUUGAGGAAAUUAGUCUGGUGCACCAUUAGUAUGUUUCGCUUCAAAAUUCUAAUUAUGUAUAAUUUAUAAAUGUAGCUCAUGUAUACACGAAUAUGUGCACGAGUUCUUGGCUUGGUCCAAAUAUGUGUCCUGUAUGUUUCAAACUCAACCCGGUAUUUGUAGUUUGUAUGUAGUGGCUGAAAUUAUAGUUUUGUAAUGUUAUGUUUUGUUUAUCAUUCAUUCAUAUUUAUGUAGUAUGUAACCUCAUCUCGUGGAGAGACAUAUAUAUAUAUAUAUAUAU